UUUGUUUGUGUGGCUGUUGUACCUCACGAUCUUGCCCGUUCGCCUCUCUCUAGUAGUGUGUUUGAGAGUUCAGGAAUGUCGACCGCCGGAAUAUAUUCGCCGGCUUCGAUUCUCUCGGCAUCCGUCAAACACCUUGCGUGCUCUACGCAUUAUGCUCGCAUUUCCCCUAUCUCCACAUACCGCUUGAACCGCUCGAGCCACCUUCAAUUCCGGACAAAACUUUCCUCCAUUUCGUCCUCUGCUGCGGCACUCUCCGAUCCUUUCGAAGUCUGCGUCAAGGCUUCUCUCACCACCCCCAAUAAGCUCGGCGACUGUCCAUUUACCCAGAGAGUUCUUCUUACAUUGGAGGAAAAACAUCUGCCUUAUGAUAUGAAGUUGGUUGAUCUAACAAAUAAGCCAGAAUGGUUCUUAAAAAUCAGUCCAGAAGGAAAAGUUCCAGUUCUAAAGCUGGAGGAGAAAUGGAUAGCAGACUCAGAUGUAAUCACACAAACCCUAGAAGAUAAAUACCCUAUUCCACCAUUGGCAACCCCUCCAGAAAAAGCUACAGUUGGAUCAAAGAUCUUCUCAACAUUCAUUGGUUUCCUUAAAAGCAAAGAUCCAAAUGAUGGAACAGAGCAGGCAUUACUGGACGAGCUGGCUGCAUUUGAUGCUUACAUAAAAGAUAAUGGCCCUUUUAUUAACGGUAAAAGUGUCUCGGCUUCGGAUUUGUCGCUUGGACCUAAGCUUCACCAUUUGGAGGUUGUAUUAGGAUAUUACAAGAACUGGUCAGUUCCAGACACUCUCCCACAUGUCAAGUCAUAUAUGAAGACUAUAUUCUCCUUGGAUUCGUUCAUUAAAACGCGGGCUUUGACAGAGGAUAUCAUUGAAGGCUGGCGAUCUAAAGUGUCGGGUUAACUAAAUUAGAGUCUUAGAUUAGAAGGCAACUUGAAGGGGUGGAAUAUUUGAGUCUAUGUUUACUAAGCUUGAUGGUUUAUUUAAGCCAAUGAAAAGAGUCUGUAGAUGGAAUAAAAUGUUGUCAUAUUAGUAAUUGUUUGCUUUUGUGCUUUAAUAAAGUCAUUUACAGAUUAACCAAGUGUUAAGUUUUGGAGGGCUAAUCAGUUCACUUUUUAAUUACUUUAGGGUUAAUAUGAUCUUUCCUAAAUUUGUUUAAUC